AAUCACAGCACAUACCCAAGGCACACAGAGCUUCGCUCGGUAGUGAAGUGAAAGCACGCUAUAAAAAUAAAACUACUGAAUAAUAAUAAUAAUACCAAAAACUGAACUCGACCCCCAACAUUCCCAUCGAAGCCAUUGACACCCCGGCACUUCCAAUAAUCCAAUACAGUUUUAACAUCAUUAACUGGAAUCUUAGCGGGUUCCAACACCUGGAUAGAAAAACAAGAAAACUACUAACUUCUUAAGAACAUGCACCACCCAAAAGCAGACGUUGAUAGUCUGCUUUACCUACAUAGAAGUAAUGGGGGGAAGAGGAUUGAUGCAGGUAAAUCUGUGCUGUAAGACACCUCCUCAAUAGCAAUGAACAAAUAGUUAUCUCGUACAGAGGACUGGAUGCUGUGGUUUGUGUGCAAAGACGAAAGCAGCAAAAAUCACAUUCCAUUGCGAAGGAAGCUUGUAAAUUCGCAAGGGAACUCGACAUUAACCCUGAAUUAAAUGAAGAACUGGAAACCACUGCCACCAAACAAAACGGAUCAAAGAAACAGCAAAAAAGAACGGGCAGAAACAAAUUGAAGAGAGGUGGUGCCAGAAGCCUCUGCAUGGACAAUAUAAAUUGGAUUGAACGCGUGACACAUCCAUUUCCAAAUAACCAAAUAUGGCUGCCGUGCAGACGACAACAACAGCAACCAGUUCUCUUAUUCUUUCAAUCAUUCUUAUUAUCACACUGACAUCACUAAACAUCGAUGCGAAGGAACUCGGCAAUGAUUGUGAAGUUAAAAUCCCUCCCAAUAUCAGUGAGAUUUUAUUUCGUUUAGUAAAAUUAGAAAAAGAGGUUUUCAAUUUUGAAGUCCAUUUAUCAAACAAGACACUUGAUGAACUUCUUAAUCCUGUGCCAUUGGAUUAUUUUGCAAAUGCGAGGAGUUUUACGUGGAUUACAGAUAAAUCAGGCGCUUUAACUAUAUAUAAAACUUUCCCCUAUGAUUUUUCAAUGCACACUUUUAAUAUGUUGGACGUCUACGUUGCUAAACAAAGGAUUGAUAUCAAUAUCACUUGUGGGAAACAAAAUAUUCAGAGACACGAUUUAAUAUAUUUGAUAUUCGACGCAUUGAAAAGACUCAUAUUUAUGGACAAACUGCAAAUGGGAGAAUCUGGAUACAUGUGUUUUUAUAUAAAUUUGUCUCAAGACAUGAAGAAGAACAGCCCUGGCACAUUUGAAGCUCACAAAAGAAUUGGUAUAAAUCGAGAACUGUUGAAGAACUAUUGCUGUAAACUCUAUAAAAAUGGAAGCUAUUUUUAUCACUCCAAAUCUAUUUGUUCAGGAAAGAUUAUUGAGAAUGCUAUGUUUCAGAAUUUAGCACGUAUCGCCGGUGCCGUUUUGUGGGCUAUAUUACCAUUACUCAUUAGUUUCGUAUCAAAAGCGAAAGUACCUUCACAUUCCCGUCAACUCAAUCUGCCACUGUUUGCUCACGAUGAAUUCAUAUUUACAAUUAAAAACACAUUACCAUACAAAUCAGAGUGGAUCAAUGUAAAACAUUGUGGAGACAUAAACCCUCAAAUUUGUGGGGCGUUCACUAGUCGAUUAUAUCGACUCCAGUAUUUCACUGGUAUUUCAUUUAUCGACUUACAUGCACACGCACACGCACAUAUAUACAUCUAAAUGUACAAUCUGAAAAACAAUUCUUCAUUGCUUAAUAUUUUCUUUCUGUCUGGUUUAAUCCAGGUUUUUGUUUAUUUUGUUUCGAAUCGAAUAAAGAAUUUAUUUUGAUAUCGACUAUAACGUUGUUUGUCUUUCUUCUCGGAAUCCAUGUCUCUGGGCGCUUUGUCAUACUUCUCUCAAAGCAUUUCCGUAUUUGUGUGUGUAAAU